AAGACCAAUCCACCAUGCAUGUCUUAUCUCUUACUUCCUCCUUAAUAUUCCGUUUUCUCUUCCUCAUCUCCACCAUUCCAAUUUCUUCAGCGAAGCCCAUAACCUCUCAUCCCCAGACACUGCCGCGCCACCGCCACAGAGAGCUAUCCACUGAUUACUACUCUAAGAAAUGUCCUCAGCUAGAAAGUCUUGUCGGUUCCGUUACUUCCCAGCGGUUCAAAGAAGCACCCGUCUCCGCCCCUGCGACUAUUCGCCUCUUCUUUCACGACUGCUUCGUUGAGGGUUGUGAUGGGUCGAUAUUAAUAGAAACAAAGAAGGGAAGCAAGAAAUUAGCGGAAAGAGAAGCAGAGGAGAAUAAAGAAUUGAGAGAAGAAGGAUUUGUGAGUAUCAUCAAGGCAAAGGCAUUGGUUGAGUCUCAUUGCCCUUCUCGCGUCUCUUGCUCUGAUAUUCUCGCCAUCGCUGCUCGAGAUUUCAUUCACCUGGCAGGUGGACCUUACUAUCAAGUGAAAAAAGGAAGGUGGGACGGCAAAAGAUCAACGGCAACCAACGUCCCUCCCAACAUCCCUAGAUCAAACUCCACGGUCGAUCAACUCAUUAAGCUCUUCGCGUCAAAAGGACUAACGGUAGAAGACCUCGUAGAACCCGACCCAAAUAUCAACCCAAAAUUACUCAAGGAACUCCGUAUGUAUUGCCCUUUCUCCGGUAGAAGCUCCCGCGCCGCCCUUCCCCUCGACGCCACAACUCCGUUUGCGUUCGACAAUGGAUAUUACAGAGGUCUAGGAAGUAGCAUGGGCCUUCUCGGGUCGGACCAAGCCUUGUUUCUUGACCCGAGGACGAAGCCCAUUGUACUUGAGAUGGCUAGAGAUAAGCAGAAGUUUCUCAAGGCGUUUGGGGACGCUAUGGAUAAGAUGGGUUCUAUUGGUGUAAAGAGAGGGAGGAAACAUGGGGAGAUACGAAAAGAUUGUCGUGUCUUUUUAUAG